AGUAUCAAACAUGUUCGUUGUUUUCGUCCAAGUUACACGAGGCAUUCCGCGCGAUUUUUUUCUCCGUAAAUGGAAUUACGUAAAUGGAAAAACACACGUUUUAAAAAAGUUAAUGUUCACACGCAGCAAACUGGAUGAACCGUCAACGCGCCGGGAUGGCGACGACGACGGCUUCUCGUUGGUAACUGUGACCAGCGUUUCCUUGCAGGAGAGCACCGGUAGCACAUUUACCGGAUCCGUCUGCACGAAUUGGGAGGAGAAAUUCGCGUGUCGCGCGCUACAGAGGCGAGGCCGCGUUUUUAGCUACCGGAAGCGGAAGACUCAUUUCGGCGAUGGAGUCUUCGGCGCACCGACCGGCGUCUGUCCGCAUCGCGUCACUUCGUCAGUCAUUCGCCGUAAUACAGGCGAUUCCCGGCUCGUGUUCAUCUGGCCGCAGAAAGCCGGCAGGAGUCGACUCUCAAAUGUCCUCGUGCCUCUGCUUCGCGGCGUCCUGGUUGGAUUAUUAUUCGUAGAUGCUCUUCACUUAUGGCCUGGGGAAUUUUUACCCACGUCUCUACCAUCAACUAUGCCGAUUACCCUGCCACCCGUCAAAUGUAACGUCAUCGAGCCGCGUUGGUAUGAUAAUAACUGAGUUAUCGCUGAGUUGUCUCAAUCAUGCUUUUAUAAACGUAUCUACAUGUAAACAUACAUCUUUGCAAUACUGCGGCUACAAAGAACAAAAGCCAAAGUCACAAAUACUGUAGAAUUUUCAAUAAAGAUCGGAUACUUU